AUGCCAGCCUAUCAUUCAUCGUACAAUGAGGAGCCAGAUGUGCGGCUGAUCGGGUCCAUGUCGGUCUUGCCCAUCCGAUCGCGCACGCGAGGACCCGCUCCACCUCUGAUCGACCCUGCACGCCCCGACAUCAUCGACGAAGCCAUCGACCUGUUCCGUGCCAACUCGCUGUUCCGCAACUUUGAAAUCAAGGGUCCCGCCGACCGUGUGCUGAUCUACCUGAUCCUGUUCAUCUCUGACUGUCUCACCAAGAUCGCUUCGUCCAAAGUGGCUUGGUCGACGAACGAAGCGCAAAAGCAACUCGCCACGUACUCGGUCGAUAGUUUUGCGCUGCCAGGAGAUGCGAAUUUCCCGCUCAACAGCCUGUAUGCUCCGCCUGCAUCCAGAGCGGAUGCAGAUGCGUUGAGAAGCUACCUCACACAGGUCAGACAGGAAACAGCGGCGAGACUCGUCGACAAGGUCUUCCACGAUGGAACGCCUAGCAAAUGGUGGCUGGCUUUCACCAAGAGACGGUUCAUGGGCAAGAGUCUAACGUGA